AUGAGAGUUUUAGCGGGGACCAUCGAUGGUCGACUGUUUUUGAUUGAAAACGGUGAAUUGAAGUCCGUCUACAACAUUCAGACUCUCUCGGAGUUCGACCCAAAUGUGACCGGUCCAAAUCCAUUGAGUGUACGUCCACUAUCAGAUGGUCGGGACGUGAAAAUUCAAUACUUUACGCCAGUUAAAAACGGACUUCUAUUUGUCGUUAACGGUUACCAAAUUUACUACUACAAAAUGAAAGCAAAUCGGUACAGCCAAAGUAUUGUGUUUCAUGUGCCCAGGGACGGCGAGCGUCAAGUGAAUGUCGGUGAAGGUGGUGGCGAUGCUGACGGUAACAGUAACGGCGAUGGUGAUGGCGACACUGAUGACGGUGACGGUGGCGAUAGUAGAGGGUCAGAUGCUAUAAAUUCAUUGAGCGUUAGCCCAAAAAACAAGAGACUAGUGUGCGUCACUGGGACGUCUCAAUUGUAUUGGUCGUCCAUGGAAGGGAAAUCCGGAAUGAUGGACGUCGAGCUCGAACCGUUUGGCGAGACGUUGCAUCGUGGCGGUGUGUUUGGUCUGUCCGUGAGUGAUUGGAAACCUAUCUUUAUGACUUGCGGCAAGGUUGACCGAACCGUGAAAUUGUGGGACUACAUGAGACGCACGUUGCUGCUGUCUCAGUCCUACGACGAGGAUGUGCACGACGUGUCGCUGCACCCAACGGGAUCGUACGCGAUAGUAGCGUUUCGGGACCGAGUUGUAUUCAACGUUAUAUAUGACUGCAUGGCACUGAAACCACGUCGGGAGUUCACUGCAGAAAAUUGCCAUUUGGUACGGUUCAGCGUAUCCGGUCACAUGUUUGCAGUCGUCAAUGACCUGGUCGUCGACAUUUAUUGUUCUGUGACAUUCGACAAACGUUUCACGCUUACCGGUCACAAAAACAAGGUGAGUUAGCGAGGAAGUUUUUAAGCACGGGGGUCGUGACCAUUGACAUAUACAGAUAUGGAAUGUGUAUAUAAAGA